AUGAAUAACCCCAAACCUCACAUCAACCGUGGGUCUCUGACGAUGAAUAACCCCAAACCUCACAUCAACCAUGGGUCUCUGACGAUGGAUAACUCCAAACCUCACAUCAACCGUGGGUUUCCAACGAUGAAUAACUCCAAACCUCACAUCAACCGUGGGUCUCCAACGAUGAAUAACCCCAAACCUGACAUCAACCGUGGGUCUCCAACGAUUAAUAACUCCAAACCUCAUAUCAACCGUGGGUCUCCGACGAUGAAUAACCCCAAACCUCACAUCAACCGUGGGUCUCUGACGAUGAAUAACCCCAAACCUCACAUCAACCGUGGGUCUCUGACGAUGGAUAACUCCAAACCUCACAUCAACCAUGGGUCUCCAACGAUGAAUAACCCCAAACCUCACAUCAACCGUGGGUCUCCGACGAUGAAUAACUCCAAACCUCACAUCAACCGUGGGUCUCUGACGAUGAAUAACCCCAAACCUCAUAUCAACCGUGGGUCUCCAACGAUUAAUAACUCCAAACCUCAUAUCAACCGUGGGUCUCCGACGAUGAAUAACCCAAAACCUCACAUCAACCAUGGGUCUCUGACGAUGAAUAACUCCAAACCUCACAUCAACCGUGGGUCUCCAACGAUGAAUAACCCCAAACCUCACAUCAACCGUGGGUCUCCGACGAUGAAUAACCCCAAACCUCACAUCAACCGUGGGUCUCCAACGAUGAAUAACCCAAAACCUCACAUCAACCAUGGGUCUCUGACGAUGAAUAACCCAAAACCUCACCUCAACCGUGGAUCUCUGACGAUGAAUAACCCCAAAUCUCAACCAUGGGUCUCCGACGAUAACUCCAAACCUCACAACCAUAUAUGA